ACCUGCCCCCCGCCCACCCCAGCUGAGAAGGUCAGCUCCCUGGGCAAGGACUGGCACAAGUUCUGCCUCAAGUGUGAGCGCUGCAGCAAGACACUGACACCCGGGGGCCACGCGGAGCACGACGGGAAGCCCUUCUGCCACAAGCCUUGCUACGCCACGCUGUUCGGGCCCAAGGGUGUGAACAUCGGUGGUGCCGGCUCCUACAUCUAUGAGAAGCCCGCGGCCGAGGGCCCGCAAGUCACAGGCCCCAUCGAGACCCCGGUGGUCCGCGCCGAGGAGCGGAAGGCCAGUGGCCCCCCCAAGGGGCCCAGCAAAGCCUCCAGCGUCACCACCUUCACUGGGGAGCCCAACAUGUGUCCCCGCUGCGACAAGAGGGUCUACUUUGCCGAGAAGGUGACAUCUCUGGGCAAAGACUGGCACCGGCCAUGCCUGCGCUGUGAGCGCUGCGGGAAGACGUUGACUCCCGGGGGCCACGCUGAGCACGACGGCCAGCCCUACUGCCACAAGCCCUGCUACGGAAUUCUCUUCGGCCCCAAGGGUGUGAACACCGGAGCCGUGGGCAGCUACAUCUACGACAAGGACCCCGAGGGCAGAGCCCAGCCCUAGGCGCCCCCUCAGCAGGGCGUGGCCUGACGUGCAGCCUGUGCUGUCCCGCAUGGCUGUGUCUAGACCGUCCAUCCCCCCUCCCCCCACGCCGGCCCGCGUCUGUGACUGGCCCUGGCCCGGCUGGGUCUCAAGGUGGGCUUCCCACUCGGCCCCGGGCCCUGCCUGCCCGCCAGUGUUAUUUGUGCCCGGGGGCCGCGCCCCUGUUGCUGGCCCCAUGCCUCACGCCUGCCCUCGUGGCUCACGCGUUUGCCCAGAAUUGCUGUCAAUAAAAGGUUUGAGAAGAGCAGG